AUGCUUUCUCCUGAUAGACAGCUGCUGCGCAAUUUCUCCAUCGAUGGUUUGAACUGCCUGAAACCGAGAUUAGAAACAGGAAUGUUACAUGAGCUAGACUCCCAGCCAAUCUUGCAACCAUCAAAUAUAGAAGUGGUGUCUGCACUUGCAGAAGGCUCUGAGCAGAAGGGAGUUGAUCAGGAAAUCCCAGGCUCACCAUCUUUUCAUCUUCCGUUAACGUUGCAGAUGAAUGAUGAAGAGGUGUGGCAAACUAAAUCCAGAAACGCAUAUCAGUCUCAAGUCAAUUACAGGUAUAAAACGGACUUAAUGAAGCACUAA